AUGGCCAAGGAGCGCGGGGAAGCUGUAAGCCAGCAUAUUGACGAAGGUGCCUUGGACACCAAAGAAAACCCACACACUCCAGAUGCCAUAGCGGCAGCGCUUGCUGCUGAUGGUGCAGCUCCGUCGCCUUGGGGUCGUGGACACAUCCAGCUUUACAUGGCCUGCGCACUCAUCUACCUGUGCUCUACCAUGAACGGAUACGAUGGCUCGCUCAUGGGCUCGCUCAACGUCCUCCCAGAAUAUCAAGCCUACUACAACUUGGGCGAAAGCGGAUCGACCUCUACGGGAUUGGUCUUCUCUAUCUUCCAAAUCGGUCAGAUGGUGGGUGCUUUGUUUACCUGGAUCUGCGACUGGCGGGGCCGCAAGAUCACUCUGGCUGUUAGCUCGUUCUUUAUUUGUGUUUCUGCAGUCUUUACCGCGGUCGCUCCGACUUUGUCCUCCUUCAUUGGAGCUCGAUUCCUCCUCAGUUUCUUCUCUACCAUCAAUACCGUGGCCGCACCAAUGCUCUUGGUUGAGAUUGCUCCUCCCUUACACCGAGCAACAGUGGCGGGCAUAUACAACACUCUUUACUACAUGGGAAGCAUCAUUGCAACCUUUACAUUGUACGGAGCCAACCUCCAUCUCAGCGGCAACAUCAAAUGGCGACUCCCCCUAUGGCUUCAGAUCCUCUGCCCUGGCAUGGUGUGUCUCGGUAGCUGGAUGCUACCCGAGAGCCCAAGAUGGCUGAUUGCCCAAGGGCGAGACGAAGAAGCCCGCGAAUUUAUCGUCAAGCAUCACGCCAACGGUGACGCCCACCAUCCGAUUGUUGGCAUCGAAAUGCAAGAAAUCCAGGAUUCACUUUCCGAAGUUAAAGGCCGUUCAAAGUGGUCUUGUUUUGAUCUGCGUAGUCUAUACAAAUCUCCCGCUCGUCGUUAUCGUCUUAUGCUGGUCAUCGCCAUGUCUUGGUUCGGUCAAUUCUCCGGCAAUAACGUAUCGAGCUACUACCUUCCAAUCAUGGUAAAGAACGUUGGUAUCACUUCUACUAACCUCAUCUUGCUGCUGAACGCAUUUUAUGCGUUGACCGGGUGGAUUGCUGCUACACUUGGAGCACGUCUGCACGAUAUUGUGGGAAGACGUAAAAUGUUCAUGGGCUCUUGUCUAAGUAUGUCGGUAGCUCUGGCGAUUGUCGCUGCCACUGCCGCCGAAUACGAGCGUUCCGGAAGCGUGCCUGCAAGCUCCGCCAGUAUCGCAUUCAUCUUCAUUUUUGGUGUCGUUUUUGCAGUCGGUUUUACUCCCAUGCAACCCAUUUAUCCUGCCGAAGUUCUAGCCAAUGAUAUGCGAGCAAAUGGCAUGAUGGUUUUUAUGAUCACUUCCGGCUGCGCCGGCUUUGUCAACACUUUUGCAGCUCCAGUUGCGAUGGAGAACAUCCGUUAUUGGUUCUAUGUAUUUUUCGUAUUUUGGGAUUUGUUCGAGUUCGCGAUUGUUUACUUUUUCUUCGUUGAGACCAAGGGUCGAACGCUUGAAGAGCUCAGCGUAGUUUUCGAAGCGGAGAAUCCUCGCAAGGCCAGCACUAAGUCGCUGGGGUAG